GGAAGAUUUCCCCAUUUCCCGCACCUCAAAACCCCUCUCAGCGUCUAUCUCUCUCUCUUUCUGUAUAAUCACACAAGCUUUGAAGGCGAAGCUGAUGAAGUGAAGCAUCGUCGCCAUUUUCUUUUUUUCAUCUUCGGGUUUUGCUAGAAUGCCUCCAAGGAAGAGGGCCAAUCCCUCUUCUUCUUCCGCGGCGAAGAAGCAGAAUCAGAACCAGGCCUCCCAGCCUUCCAAGUACGGGAUUCAGCGCUUCUUCGAGCGCCACUCUCAGAACGCCGCCUCCGCCUCGGGCUCCCCGGAGCCUAAAUCCACCGCGAACCGACGCCGCCGGCCCGCCACGCCGAGCUCAGAGGGCGGCCUUGAUCUGGGGGAAAUUGAUGGUCAGAAGUCGUUGCGUGAUAAGGGGCGGGCGCGCAAAAGUUUGAGGGAUUUGGACCCUAAUGCUGCUAAUUCAGAUCUUCUAGUUGGCGGGGGUGCGUCGAGUUCGAGGGUCCUGAGCUCCGACAUUGCUCGAGUGGAGUCGGGCUUUGAGAAGGCAAAUCAGAAUGGCGUGACCCAAACAUCCGCGAGGCUCGAAAAUGGGGUUGUUUCGAAUUGCGUGUCGCAAAGUACACCAUCGGAUGACUUGUUGAGGACUGGGGAUCAUGGGGAGGAUACUGUUAGUCCCCUUGUAGUCUCGCCGGAGACGAUGAAAUCUAUGUCUGCUAAACGCUUCAAGUUUUCACCGGGAAUGUUGAUAAAGCAGAGCCAGGAUGACGGGGGUGAUGAAGUAACUUGGAAGAUAUCACCUGUAAAUGAGCGAUUGCAAACAGUUUCCAAGCACAUGCCUGAGACAAUAAAAGUUCUAGCAGAAUCGUCAAGGCUAAACUCUUCAUACAUUCAGCAAUGCUCCCAAAUCAAGAGUACACGAGAAGCAGCUGGCAGUGAUGGAAUGUGCCUUUCUUCACCCUUCAAGAAGGCUUCUGCAAGAUCUUGUUGUGCAAAUUCAUUGGGUGUGAAAAGGGUUAACCCAGAUAAGAAUAUGGAUCAUGAAGGAAAAUCAAGCGAAGUUCUUACAACUCAAGUAGCCAGUCAACAAAGUCCUUUUCAGACUCCUCCUUCCUUAUCUUAUUGCCAGGAUAAGCCAGCUAAUGGCACUGCAUGCAAUGGGGUAUUGAAUGAGCUUGGGCUUAGGCAGCACAAAAAGGCACUGAUUGAGCUUUUAGAUCAAGUUGAAGAUGCCAUCUCCAUUGAUGAAUCACUACCUAAUGUGCUCAAAGGGUGCUCAUCAAAAGUUUGGAAUGGCAAGUGUUGUGAACUGCCAGUAAAAAUUUGUUGUGAUGCAAGAGUUGUAGUGCCACAGAAGACCAAUUCGUCAUCUUUAGAUGAUAUAUUCCUAGUAUUGGAGGUGGCAGAAAACAGUGGGUCUACCCCUCACAAGGUUCUCCGUUUGUUGAAUGAGCAAAAUGGAGAGGAAAGGACUAUCCAUUUAUGGGAUGAGUGGUUUUACAGUAUCAUUUCACCUGGAGACACAGUAAAUGUAAUUGGGCAGUUUGGUGCCCAGGGGAAGUGUGAUGUGAGUAGGGACAAUAAUCUUGUGAUUGUUCACCCAGAUCUCCUAGUGUCUGGAACUCGGGUUGCCGCAAGUUUUACCUGCCCAAGGCGAACUGUUCUGGAUGAGAGAUUAAAAUCCUCUGAGUACUCAACUGCAGCAUUAAUUGGAACCUUGCUGCAUCAAAUUUUUCAGGCUGGGCUAGUGAAGGAGGAACCUACCAAGGAAUUUUUAGAUGAGUAUGCUGGUUUAGUGCUCCAGAGAAAUGUUGAGAGCUUGUAUGCUUGUGGAGUUAGUGAGAAAGAUAUGCUUGAUACUUUGAUUGAGGCAAACCCAAGAUUAUUGGACUGGAUUACCCUUUUCAAAAAUUCACAGUUUCAGAAAGCUCCCACAGUUGAUUUUGGAUCUGAUGAUGGGCUUAAGAAGGUCAACAUAUCCGAGGUGAUUGAUAUAGAGGAGAUGUCCUGGGCACCCAAGUAUGGAUUAAAAGGAAUGAUUGAUGCUUCUGUCAGAGUAACAGUUGAAUCAAAUACUUACAGUGUUGUGGAAAAGAUUGUGCCUUUAGAGUUCAAAUCUGGCAAAGGUCCUAAUGGCCAGUCAUCAAUGGAACAUUGUGCACAAGUGAUAUUGUACACACUCCUUAUGUCUGAAAGAUACAUGAAGCCAAUUGAUUCUGGUCUUUUGUAUUACCUCCAGUCAGAUCACACUCAUGGAAUUACUGUUCGGAGAUCUGACUUGGUGGGCCUGAUCAUGCGUCGAAAUGAACUUGCUACUUAUAUCCUUAAGGCGCUAACAACUCAGCAGCUCCCACCGAUGUUACAGAGUCCUAGCAUUUGCAAAGGUUGUCGGCACAUUGAUGUCUGCACCCUCUAUCACAAGGCACAUGGGGGAAGCACAGAAAACAGCGGACUGUCCGACCUUUUCAAUGCAUAUACUUACCACUUAACAACUGUGCAUUCUGAUUUCUUGAGACAUUGGGAUCGGUUGAUUGACUUAGAAGCUAGAGAGGCAGAGCACAGGAAGAAAGGACUAUGGAGAUCACGAAAUUCAAGGCGCGAUGAGUCUGCUUGUUCCCUUUCUUCUCUUGUUCUCGACACAUCAGAUAAAGUGACAAGUCGCAUGCCUUCGAGAGACAACAGGUUUACCUAUCGGUUCUUGGGUCAGAAAUUGACUUCCGAACAAGCGGAAAGAUUUGCUGGAAAUACUCCUAGUGCCAGAGAUUCUACAACAACUGGUUUUGCUUGCAAACUUUCAAGGGGAGACAUUGUGAUAUUGAGCACUGAAUCUGGCCGGCGAGCAAUUGCCAGUGGAGUCAUUUCUGAUAUCAGCCGCUUCCAUGUUUCUGUGUCUUUUUCCAAGCGUCUACGGCUUCCAGGAAGCAGUACUCUGUCUGAGGUACAAGAUCUUGUAAACGAGGUAUGGCGUAUUGACAAAGACGAAAUCAUAACUUCCUUUGCUGUAAUGAGGUUCAACCUUGUACAACUUUUUCGGCAAGAUGCACGAAGUUCUCAUCUUAGGAAAUUGAUUGUUGACCUCGAGCCCCCUAGAUUUGACGGUGGAUGUAUAUUUAGUCAAGACCCUGCUAUAUCCUACGUGUGGUCUGAGGAGAAAUUGAAUGACGACCAGCGUCGAGCGAUAGUUAAGAUACUUACAGCAAAGGAUUACACCUUAAUACUAGGAAUGCCUGGAACAGGCAAGACAUCGACCAUGGUGCAUGCUGUGAAGGCCUUGUUAAUGAGAGGUGCAUCAAUCUUGCUUACGUCCUACACAAACUCUGCAGUUGAUAAUUUGCUUAUCAAAUUGAAGGAUCAGGGCAUUGACUUUGUUCGUAUUGGAAGACCGGAAGUCGUGCAUGAAGAAGUCAGAGAACAUUGCUUUUCAGAAAAGGGCAUGCAAAGUGUUGAUGGAAUAAAACUACGAUUAGACCAGGUCAAAGUUGUUGCUGUUACGUGUCUAGGGAUAACGAGUCCACUCCUUGCAAGCAAGAGAUUUGAUGUUUGCAUCAUGGAUGAAGCUGGCCAGACAACCCUGCCAGUAUCCCUAGGGCCACUGAUGUUUGCUUCAGCAUUUGUCCUUGUUGGUGAUCAUUAUCAACUUCCUCCACUUGUUCAGAGCAUAGAGGCUCGAGAGAAUGGACUGGGCAUCAGUUUGUUCUGUAGGCUUUCAGAAGUGCAUCCUCAAGCAAUUUCAACACUGCAAAGCCAGUAUCGUAUGUGCCAGGGAAUAAUGCAACUAGCGAAUGCCUUAAUAUAUGGUGACAGACUGCGUUGCGGUUCCUCUGAUGUUGCAAAUGCCAAACUUAAUUUUGCUAAGAAGCUCUAUACAUCUUGGCUAAAGGAGGUUUUGGAACCAGGUACACCAGUCGUAUUUCUGAACACUGACCUGCUGCCUGCUUUUGAAGAAAAAGAUCACAAGACUUUAAAGAAUCCAAUAGAAGCCUGCAUCAUUGGGAAGAUAGCAGAGGAACUUGUAGAAAGUGGAAUCGAGGAAGAAGACAUUGGCAUCAUUACUCCCUAUAACUCCCAAGCAGGUCUCCUCCGUGAUGCUGUUUGCAGAACCUCUGUGGAGAUUCACACUAUUGAUAAAUACCAGGGACGUGAUAAAGAUUGCAUAUUGGUUUCCUUUGUGAGGUCUAACAAAGAGGGAAAUCAUUGUAACUCCUCACUACUUGGUGAUUGGCAUAGGAUUAAUGUGGCUCUUACACGUGCCAAGAAAAAGUUGAUUAUGGUGGGAUCGCUUGGCACACUAUCGAAGCUCCCUCUGUUGAAGCUUCUUAUUGAGAAUGUUGAUAAGCAGUCGGGCAUUUUGAGUUUGUCCAAGGAGGAUUUCAGCCACACAGAAUGUCUAAAGAGAUGCUCUCAUAGCGAGAGAAAUUAGUUCACGACCCUUUCACAUUUCUGAAAGGCAAGAAAAUUUUGACUCUUCCUGACGGUUUUGUUGAUUGAAAUGAAUAGAUAGAUGAAGGAGAAGCAGAGUACUGUUGUAUGAUUAGUCCCAGCCAUGUAUCUCUCUCAAAAAAAGCAGAGUCCUAUUGUAUGAUUAGUCCCAGCCAUGCAUCUCUCUUGGUUGCAGCUGAGUAAGUUGUUAGGUUCCUCAAUCCUCAUGUUGCAAAAUGUAAUCGCUGAAAGUGCACAUCGCUCAUUCAAGUAAAUAAUAGAUGAUUAUACUAGCUCGUAAAUCUUUAUGUAAGUCUUUAAAUAUUUACUUUGUGCUGAACAUGUUCUAUAGGUAGUGUUAUCUAGCAUAUUUGAAAAAUGUAAAGGAUAUGGUGGUAAGUUUGCGACAUAAUUAUUAGAUGUGUAAUGUCAAUUAACCAGUUUAGAGCA